UUCUCUCUUCCUCGUUGAAACGAAUCAGAAGUUGCGAGUGAGUUUGUCAAGUGUGGUCUUCGUGCAGAGAAGCUGCUGCUGAACUUAACACUAUGGGGAAAAUAGAGUGGGCGAUGUGGGCCAAUGAGCAGGCUCUGGCCUCAGGAUUCAUUCUCCUCACUGGAGGCAUUGUGGGGGUGGCUGGGCAGUUCAGAGGCUGGCAGUUUGCUGCAUAUGCAGUAGCUGCUGGAGUGUUUGUGUGCCUUCUUGAGUAUCCCAGAAGCAAAAGGUCAAAGGGAACAAGUAUGGCGAGACCGGGUCAGUACUGUUUCACUGUGUGUGUAAAAGCCUUUGGACCGCUGACGAGGAACUACUAUGUCAGAGCUUUUCUACACGCAGCAGUGUGUGUUCCUGGAGGUUUCAUGCUGGCCACUGUCCUCGGAUGUGUCUGCCUCGGUAUUGCCAGCCUUAUCUACCUUGGAGCAGCUAUCCACGGCGAACAAUGGGUGCCCAUUCUUCCACAUAAGGAGGUUCGAAAGCCAAUGGAAAGCAUGAAGAAUCCUCCUCAGAAUCCACCUCCGAGACCUCCCUUGGAGAUGCGCAGGAAACGAGUAGACGACCUGGAGGGAGCAGCCUAUGACAACCCCAUCCCUGUUGCAGAUGAGUAACCAGUGCGUGUGUCCCGUCCUGUGUUUUUGGCUUCCAUUGACUGCCUGAGAUCCUCAACAAUGAAGUUCUGUGAUUCUGGACAAAGUUUAGUUACCGUUGACUGGACGCCAUGUUCUGUCCACGCCUUUAUACCUCAAUAUACCUCAACCUGCAGGUGAAUGUGUUUUUCAACGAGAGAAUUCAAAGGAUGAUGGGUAAAGUGCAUGCGUCAAUCUAUAUUACAUCAAUCUAUACCGCUUAUCCUUUAGAGCUCUACUUCUCAAAGUGCAGGUAAAGGUAUUGCAGGUAUCUACCAAACAAAUGAUUUGCUCUGGGAAAAUAAAGAACAAAAAAAACAGCUAGACUUUUUAAAUUUGUUUAAUAAAACUUGAUAUCCCACUUCGUUAUUCAAAUUUUAAUGACAUAUGUUACAUAGGGAUUCUCACUUAUGAGCAAAAUUGUAAGAUCAAUAUUGAGAAUAAUCAUAAUUAUUUAUUGGUAACUUUACUUUCAUGUUGUUCUGCAUUCUUGCAAAUCUGGCCUCGGACAAAUUUUACAAAAUUAUUAGGCCUCAAACCUCUGAAACUGGGGAAGCUCUGCUGUGAGGCUUAGUUCAUGCUACAAGAUUGUCAGCCAGAUGCUCUGCUUGCUCUCUACUUAAUCGUCUUAUGAUUGAACGUCUGCUAUAAUAUUCAACCUAGAGAUAUGAAACUGAGCUAAAUUACUUUGCAUUUAAGAAAGUGGUGUCCUGUGCACCUGGCUUGAAAUCUUGCGUCGACGACACUGAUGCAAAUCCCAUCUGACACUGGGUGAGAGGUAGGUUUACACGUUGGCCAUGUCAUCAUCACCCAAACCAUUCACACUUGCAUUCAUACAGGAUGAGUUAAGUGAAUAUCAAGCUUAGUGUUAAACAAAUCAAGUGCCAUAAGUGAUACAUGUUAAUGCUGUAGCUGCUUUAACUCCAACAUAUAAAUGAAGUAAAAAGAGUUUAUGUUGUAUUUUUUUUUUUACUGCUGUGAUAAAAGUGUUUUUCCUCCAACCACCAUAUACUGUAUUUUAAACUGUGUUACAUCCACUGUAUUGCAUUGUAAUGCACAGAUCUAAGAACAAAAUAUUGUCAACUGUAGACAGGAUAUUGGAUUGUGUUUUUAUCCAUUGUAUAUUUUAUUUUUUUGAAGCCAAAUAAUCAAAUUAUUGUCGGACUGUACUCUGUACUGUUUGCUAGGACUAAAGUGACAGGCUGAGUGAAUUCUGUACCUUUUUACAGUCUUGUAAAUAAAUCCAUUGUACCCUCUGAA